UAUAAAAUACAUAUUAAAAUUUAAAAAAAAUCCACGUAAAUUUUAAGUGGGGUUGUUUGGUGUUAUCCCAAGACAAGAGUGUGAUUUUGCUUGGCUGUGGAAUGACUAAUUUUUCAGCGGGAACAGGAAUUGAGGUGUUUUUCAUAAAAGACUGGUAUGCCAGUGCGCCGAGAUGUCGUCAUGGACCAAUGUUGUUGUUUGAAAAAUUCAUUCAUGGAAAAUGUCAAGGGAGACGGUAUUACGCAUGUUCCGCAUGCAGAAGUCGCAAAGAGUGUGAUGCAUUCCUGUAUGAAGAUGAUUAUAACAGAAAAAAUAAGUGUGGAAAUGAGAGCUUUUAUCCUUGCAUCUAUUCUCAGAUACAUAUUGGACAGCAUCAAGAUGAUGGUUCUUUUCUAUAUGAAUGCACUUUCAAGGGUUUGGCGUCAUUGUCACCCUCUGAGAGAUCAUUUUGUCGUAACUGCCAAAUCGUGAGAUUGGAGGAAUAUAGGCAAAAACCUACAGACAAAUGUUUUCAACAUGAUAUCAUUAAAAGCUUAUCCCUUUUCAAUUUAUUCCAUCCUUCAAGAGAAAUACUGCCACCAUUACAAGAAGAUAAGAAGAAUGCGCAAUAUUUCCUGAAUGACCGAAGCUUGAACUUCAUUUUAGAUAUUUUGUUACAACUGAAAUUCACACAUAUCGUAUGUAUUGGAAUGCCUUCACUUCAUGAGGAAAUUCAAUACAGAAAGUAUUUUUAUCAUAAAAACUCUGAAGAUAUAACAACAAUAAUUGACAGUAUUUUGUUAGACAUUGACAAAAGAUAUGAACAAUUCUCCGACCAGGAUAAGUUUUGUCACUUUAAUAUGUUCAAUCACUAUUUCAUUGAUGAAAGUUUUGAUAAACUGCGUAAUUUUGUAGAGAAAUCAGAAUCACAUUCAAGGAUAUGUUUGGUAUUGGAUCCUCCCUUUGGUGGACUGGUUGAUGCCAUUGCAAAUACUUUGAAGUGGAUAAGUUCAUGUAGUUUUCCUGAAAAUUCAAAGUCCUCUAAAACUGAAAAUUUGCUGCCAAUAUUGUGGAUAUUUCCAUAUUUCAUGGAAAAAAGAAUAACUGGAGCAUUGCCAUCACUACAUAUGCUUGAUUACCAGGUGAACUACAAUAAUCACAAUAAGUUUAAGAAGAAAAUCACAAGCACUAGAAUAUCACCUGUAAGAAUUUUUACCAACAUUAAAACGAAUGACAUAGUGUUUCCAGUUGAUGAAGGAUACAGGUUCUGUUCUCGAUGUGAUCGAUAUGUUGCUGAAUCAAAUAAACAUUGCAAAAUAUGCAAUAACUGCCCAUCAAAGGAUGGGAGAACUUAUGUUCACUGCAAUGAAUGUAAUUUCUGUGUAAAACCAGGUCGGAAACACUGCAAAAAUUGUGAACGUUGUGAACUGGAUGGCCAUGAAUGCAGGAAAACUGGAGAUCUGCUAGGUUGUCAUCUAUGUGGAAAGUUGACUCACAAACGCAGAGACUGUCCUUUAAAGAAUAGCCAAAAAAACAAUGAUAUAUUACCAGCCAAGACUAUAAAAACCAAAGCAAACCAUGCCGUUUUUCACAGAAAAUCCUCACAUUUGAAGAAAAGGAAAUAUACGUUUUCUUGAUGUCAAGACUGUAAACUACUAUAUUGCGACUGUGGAUAUUAUAAGAAUUCGAAUAUUCUGAAUUGUUAAUUAUGAAAUCCUUCACGUUACAUUGAAAUCCUUGUAGAAUAGCAUCAUUUUUCUAUGAGAUCUUCCAUUUUGAAAAAUCGAUUUGUCCUUUUAUUGGGAAUAUGGGAAAAUAAUGAGGUAGGUCUCAAUAUACUAUAAGUUGAAGGUGUGCGAAAAUAAUUCUUGACCAAAAAGAAACGGGUGCUAACCCCAUCGUUCAUGGAUAUUGCGCUAUUAAUAUAAUUGUACACACUUCUCGUCAUUUUGAUCGCAAGCGAGAAAAGAAAACACAAUCGUUAUUGAAGGUUUUGUCAGUCGAAGAAUGAAAAUCUUUGUGUGAUAUAUUUUUACACCACAUUAUUUCGAAUCUGCCACAAUUGGCGAUUAUUUAUUAUUAAACUUAAAUUAUUUUGUUUAUUACUUGAUCCCUAGACUUGCGGAACGCUUGCCAAUAAGCA